UGAAGUUGUAUGUGAGCUCCUCCCUGACAAACAAACUGUAGUCUAGGUAACGGCCUUAUCAGUCAAGUAGGCUAAAAAUCUGUGUCCUUUGAUGUAAGCUUUGAUGUCUCUUUGUGCAUAUGUAGUUAAAAAAAAAAAAAAAAAAAAGAAACCUUUGACUAGCUAGGAAGAGUAGCAGCAGUAGUAGUAGGAAGAGUAGCAGUGCAAGCAGGACUAGACUAGAUUAAAAAGUUGGUGGAACGAAUAACUGACCGUUUGGACGUCACCUGGCUGCCAGACUUUCAUCUGGACUCUUCCCCCUGAGUAGCUGGCCUUUCUCUAAGCCACAAAACUGAGCAAGAAGCUGAAGAAGCAGCUAGACAGAGACAUGUUACCUAGCCUUGAGAAUUGGGAGGCGUGGCUCAACUAGUUAGCCCAGCCCAGAGGAAUUGUUACCGUGGGUACUGAACAACCGUAGAAGUAGGGCUACCCCUGGCUUUACUGAAUUAACUAGCUGUGUCUGCUGUCUAGUUGGACCAGAUUUAGCUAGAUAAUGGGGUAGAGAAUAGUUGAGCGGUGCUGUGUGUAGCUUGAACUGUACUGGCUGGCAAGAAUCUAGUAAGCACCCUAUGCACUGAUAACUUGUCAGAAUGGAGGGUAUGUUCUAGGGAUCUGGACAGCUGUACAUCCAAAGGAGCCAGGGAGUGCCAAUCAUCUUCUCCCAGUCUCUGACACGCUAAACAAAACGAGCUAGAACUGGGAGUCCCAGCUAGAAUUGCUAGCCGGAUCUAGACUAAUAGAAUGACAUGGAGGCGUGGUGAGGCCGGAUCCACACUAAUUGAUCGACCUAAAGACGCUCCUGUUCCAGACUUUUACGAAUGGUAAGGAAAGGGAUACAGUGUUGGAGAUACAGGUGCACUCAGACUCCAUCGUCGAGGGUCUGUGUCAGGCCCCACUGGCUCCUACUGCUGUGUGAUUCCUGACAAUACUGGAGUAGAUGUGACAUUCUGUGUGCAGUUAGUGACUGAAGUCAUCACUACCUCUCCUCCAACUAGCACUGACAACACAGGAGGUGUGGUGGCAGGUAUAGUCAUUGUGUUACUCAUUCUAACCGCUGUCAUUGUGGUGGGUAUCAUUGUCGGGGUCUACUUCUGGAGGUACAACAGAGGAGGCCUAUAGGAGAAAUAUUGGCCUGGAAUCGAGGCUAGCCAAGAUGCAAACAAUGGAGACUCAAGGUUUUCAGCUUCUGCUGCUUUUGCUGUGUGUUGUGCCCACCUGCUGGGGACAGCAAGUGUACCUGACUCUGGGAUCUGGUCCUAGCAUCACUACUGACAAUACUGAGAUCCUCAUCACUGCCAUUGGAGAGAAUGCUACUGGUGGUCUCCCUUCUCUCACCUGUCACACUGACCUCAUUACCUGCUGUAGAAGUAGUGACAACAAUGGUAAUGGAGCACUGGGACAGUGGACGUUUCCUGAUGGGAGUGUGAUACUGCAAAAUGGUGCCUCAGCGACUGCUGGACAACAGUUCUACAUUGUAAGGGGGGAACCUCAGGUCAUCAGACUGGCUCGUAGAGAGACUACCAACCCCGUCACUCCAACCGGGUCCUACUGUUGUACUGUACCAACUACUGGAGGAGAUAUGACCCUCUGUGCUAACCUGGUGGUAUCACCAGUGUGUCUGUCCCUCCCUACACUCACCAAUGGAGUCAUCUCCUAUUCUGACGAAUCACGUAGUGAUGACACUGUGGCCACUCACACCUGUAACACUGGCUACACUCUCAGUGGAGGCACCACCAGGACUUGUGGGAGUGGAGUGUGGAGUGGGUCACCUCCAACUUGUCAGUCUGACUGCCCUGACUUACCCUCACUGACAAAUGGGAUGAUUGUGUACAAUGCUGGAUCCACUGACAACAGACCUCUCGGCUCUAGUGCCAUGCACUCUUGCAACUCUGGCUACACUCUCACUGGAGGCAGUACCAGGAUCUGUGUGAGUGGAGGGAUCUGGAAUGGGUCACCUCCAACAUGUCAAUCCACCUGUUCUGACCUCACUGUACCAGCCAAUGGAGUGAUCGGCUACAAUAUGGGGACUGCUAGUCUGAGACCAGUGGAUACUGUGGCCACCUACACCUGUACCACUGGCUACACUCUCAAUGGAGGUACUACCACCAUGACUUGUGGGAGUGAUGGAGUGUGGAGUGGGUCAGCUCCAACUUGUCAAACUAACUGCCCUGACCUACCCUCACUGACCAAUGGGAUGAUUGUGUACAGUGAUGGAUCCCCUGACAACAGACCUUUCAGCUCUAGUGCUGUGCACUCCUGCAACCCUGGCUACACUCUCACUGGAGGGGACACUACCAGGGUCUGUAUGAGUGGAGGCUGGAAUGGGUCACCUCCAACAUGUCAAUCCACAUGUUCUGACCUCACUGUACCAGCCAAUGGAGUGAUCGGCUACAAUAUGGGGACUGCUAGUCUGAGACCAGUGGAUACUGUGGCCACCUACACCUGUACCACUGGCUACACUCUCAAUGGAGGUACUACCACCAGGACUUGUGGGAGUGAUGGAGUGUGGAGUGGGUCAGCUCCAACUUGUCAAACUAACUGCCCUGACCUACCCUCACUGACCAAUGGGAUGAUUGUGUACAGUGAUGGAUCCCCUGACAACAGACCUUUCAGCUCUAGUGCUGUGCACUCCUGCAACCCUGGCUACACUCUCACUGGAGGGGACACUACCAGGGUCUGUAUGAGUGGAGGGAUCUGGACUGGGUCACCUCCAACAUGUCAAUCCACCUGUUCUGACCUCACUGUACCAGCCAAUGGAAUGAUCAGCUACAAUAUGGGGACUGCUAGUCUGAGACCAGUGGACACUAUGGCCACCUUCACCUGUGACACUGGGUACACUCUCAAUGGAGGCACCACCAGGACUUGUGGGAGUGAUGGAGUGUGGAGUGGGUUUGCUCCAACUUGUCAAACUAACUGCCCUGACCUACCCUCACUGACCAAUGGGAUGAUUAUGUACAGUGAUGGAGGAUCCACUAACAGCAGACCUCUCGGCUCUAGUGCCAUGCACUCCUGCAACCCUGGCUACACUCUCACUGGAGGGAACACUACCAGGACCUGUGUGAGUGGAGGGAUCUGGAAUGGGUCACCUCCAACAUGUCAAUCCACCUGUUCUGACCUCACUGUACCAGCCAAUGGAAUGAUCAGCUACAAUAUGGGGACUGCUAGUCUGAGACCAGUGGACACUGUGGCCACCUUCACCUGUGACACUGGGUACACUCUCAAUGGAGGCACCACCAGGACUUGUGGGAGUGAUGGAGUGUGGAGUGGGUUUGCUCCAACUUGUCUAAUUUCCUGUGGCCCUCCUUCCUCUAUUACCAACGGAUCUCCCGGACAACCAACCAGCACAAUGAUCGGAGGAGAGGCGAUCUACACUUGUGGCACUGGAUACAUUCUGAUUGGCUCUGAAACCAUCACAUGUUUGAGUACUGGCAACUGGAGCAGCUCACCGUCUUGUCAGAUUCCUCCCCCUGUGUACUUGUCCCUCUCCUCCACCAACUACUUAUCUGGGCUCUCUGAGAUCCCCUUGUCCUCCGUGGGAGAGGGGAGUGGCCUCGUCUGUCAUACUGACCAUGCUGGCUGCUGUGAGGGGAACACUGGAGAUUGGUACUAUCCUAACGGCUCUGUUGUUAUGGAGGAUGGAGCGUUGUAUGUUAGCAGAGGUCAGAUGAGCGUCAGUCUGAUGAUGAGUGGAACUGCUACUGCUCCUGGUGGUGUCUACUGUUGUGUGGUGCCCACCAGUGGAGGGAUGAGCACAGCAUGCAUUGUGUUAGCCUCUACUGAUGAGAGCUCUCCCUGUCAGUGUGACAACACUGGUGCUGUGGUGGGAGGAGCGGUGGCCCUGGUAGCAGUGGUGACUAUAGUAACUGGUGUAGUGAUGGUGGCCUACCUAGUGCUCCGGUACAAGAGAGGAGGGAAAAUGACUGUUACUCAAGAUAUCUCCCUUACUGACCAGGGUCAAAGUGCAGCCGCUACCUACGAGACCGUCCCUGCCGUUUAUGAUGAAAUCCCAGCCUCCAAAAAUGUCAAAGGUGACUACGUUUUCUCACAAAACAAUGCCUACUCGACUGUGAGUGGGCGACUGUGAGUGGGUGUGAGGUUCCAGCUGCUGGAGUAAUUAUACGACAACUGCACUGAACUAUUACGACAUUUAUUUUGAUAUAGCGAGUUCGUGGUUUUUUUAGCUGUGUAGAUGUGAAAUAAUUUCUGUACAACUUUUCUACUACAGGUACAUAAUAUUACACUUUUGUAAAGAAAUUGUGUUUUAAAUUA